AUGCCCAAGCAAGACGAAUUCGAUGCGGCGCGGUUCCUCGAGGAUAUUGAACGCACUUGCGCGAUUAUCCACGCCCCAUAUUCGGAAUCCCACACCCGGGCAAGCCUGGAGGCCUUUGCGACGAGUUUUCAGCGAGGAGCCGUCCUGUGGCGCACGACCAAUCGACCGGGAGACGCCUUGAAUUAUCGCUUCUACGAGCGCCGCGUCACGGACACGGUGGCCGCCGCCGUCAAGGCUGGCCUCCUCGCCGCGGACCACCCGCUGGGAGCCCUGAUCACCGCCUGGAGUCGCCUGUACGAUGGCACCCCGGAGCAGUCGUGCGACUUCGACGCGCAGCGAGGGCUGGCCAAAGCGUGGGUGUACCUGGGGGGAAUGCGGCCCAUCGACGACAUCCUCGCCGUCGAACCAGUGCCCGAGUCCAUCCGUCGACAUGGGCCCGUCUUCCACAGCCUCGGGCUCGAGUGGGUUCGGCAUAUGGCGGCCGACUACACCUCCCACACAGUGAACAUCUACUUUCGGGCCCCCGGGCCCUUGAAGCUGGAGCAGGCCGAUCGCUACGUGCAGCUCGCCCAUCCGGCCGGGGCGCUGGAGCCCGACGAGGUCGAGCAGAUGCGUCUCUCACUGAAUCCGCAGGGCUUUACCUUCGCUGUGACGAUGGACUAUGGCACCGGGGAUAUCAAGCGUGUGGCCUUCUACGCGCUGAAGCUCGAGCUCGCCAGGUGCCUGCACAUCGACCCGCGUCUGGACCGGUUUUUCACUGGCACGCCGUCCUACGACGAGGAGACGAUGAACGCCAUCGCCUGGUCGUUUGGGAAUCACGGCAGCCGCUACAUCAAGGCCGAGCGGAGCUACUGUGGUCAGCUCGUGCCCCUGCUCCGGGACUGGAAUAGUGCGAUGACCUCUUAG